AUGGUGUGCUCACCGAUGCUCAGGCUUCGUCUCGGGAGUGUGCCACCGGACCGUGUGCCCUGUCCAUCAAGGAUGAGCGCCCUGGAGCUAUCAAUGCGUAAAUACGCUGAGCAACCUGACAAGAAUGUGGUCCGACCUGAGCUAGGUCUUAGUUUUGAUUCACUGGGCGAGGCGUAUGAUUUCUACAACUUGUAUUCUUGGGAAAUCGGUUUUGGGAUAAGAUAUGGAAAAAGCAGGCUGAACGCUGAGAGAACCAAAAGCAUACAGGAGAUAGUUUGUGGUUGUUCGGGGAAACCAAACGCUGAAAACAGCAGGUCGUGCAUGUGCGAGUGCCCGGCUCUGAUCAGACUGUGA